AUGCUUAACCCAGCUAUGAAAUCCUUCAUCCUCGCACCUCGUUUCGCUGUCAUCGGUCGGAUCUUAUCUGAUCCAACAAGAUUCGACAAUAAAGUUCUUCGUUUCUACCUCUCUCAUUCCUUACCCGUCACACCUAUCAAACCUCAGUCUUCUCCUCAAACCCCCUCCCAAAUCUCAGAAGAGACCAUCGAAGGUCUAUCGGUUCUCUCGGACAUCGCACAACUCGGCGAUAUCACAAACACCGCCAUCAGCGUGAUCAUCCGACCAGAUGUAGGUGUUCCCAUGAUCAAGAGACUGUUCACCGGUGAGAACCAACCAUGGGGUGUAUGGUUUCAACCUGGAGCAGAGAAUGGAGAAUUGGAUAGGUUUGUUAAAGAGAAUAAAUUGGAAGAUAAGGUGAUUUAUGGUGGACCUUGUAUUUUACGUUCUGGACAAGAACUUUUAAAGUCAAGAUCAAAAAUGUAA